AUGAAGGUUUUAUUUGUAAACGUUUUGUUUGUGUUUGCAUUUCUAACUGUUCCGCUGGUGCUGGGUAUCUACAUCCCGCCUGAAGAAAAAAUCCUGAGCUGUGCGGCCCGACAGAAAGCCGGGACAGACCCGUUUCCCCUGCACUGUGCCGAUGACGGGACCUUCAAGCCGCGUCAGUGUGACGUCACGGCCGGCCUGUGCUACUGCGCGCACCCCGAGCGGGGAACCAUAUACAGCGAGACGGCCGUACCUGCAGGACAAGCGCAUGCGCAGGGGCCGGACUGUGACAAGUACUGGCGGGAACACGACGCCCCUGAUGACGAUGCCGUCCCAAUGCUCCUGAUGUUACCUGUGGAUCCUCCUGUCGCCAUCACGGCUCUCUCUAACGACAUAGAGCAGCCCGCCGCAGACUCUAACGACAUAGAACAGUAUAGGAACACUGUCUAUGACGACGAGGAUAUUGACUUGUGUGACUUCGCCCAGUGCGAGGCCCACUCCCGCUGCGUGGCGCCCCCUGGCGCGCAGGUGCCACUGUGCAGGUGCGACGCGGGUUACGGCAGUGUGGGCGGGGCGGCGUGCACGUCCAGGUGUGAACUGGAGCCCGGGUUCUGCAGGAACGACGGCAGGUGCGACGUGCAGCCGGAACUCGGCGUCAUCUGCAGAUGCCGGGCUGGCGCGUCCUGGUGGCACGCGGGACUGCGGUGUGAGACCUACAUGUCGUACUUCAUGGUGUUCUCCAUCGGCGGCGGCGCGGUGGGGGGCGUCUUCGUCAUCAUGCUGCUGUGCCUCAUCCUCGUCGCCAAGAAGGUCCCCAACAAGACCCGGCCCCACAGCUACUACCCCAGCCCGUACAGGCGCCCGUUCUUCAUGGAGGCCCCCGCCCCGGGAGUGAGCGGCCCCGCGGAGACCACGUGGAAGGAGAACCCGAUGUUUAUAGACGAGCAGGAGGAGGACAUCUACAGCACCAUCAGCCGUAAGGCCGGUCAGGAGAUCUCGCGAGAGCUGCGAGAACUGGAGGCGUCCGACAUCGAGGAUCCUUACGGCAUUAUAGGCAUGUUCACCAAAGCGGAGUCCAUCUCGACUAGCGGUGCAAAACUGCCCCCUGGCGACUGGAACGGGGUGGUGCGUUUCAAACCGACGGUGGAGUGUAUAGAUCCCAACUGGAAGUUCAAGAUCAAGCGGCCGCGCUACGCCUUCAACCCGGAGUACGAGCAGCAGAGAGACGACUUGUCCUGGCCCUGAUGGCGGCUCAAGCACGCCCCCUAGCGGGACGACUUGUCCUGGCCCUGAUGGUCGCUCAAGUGCGCCCACUAGCGGUCUGUAAAUAAACCGCAACGGCUACGCGCUCCAAUGGAUGUUGGAAGGUGCUACUGUAAUGAUGACAACGAUUCCCUCCAUCACGGAGAUGAUCCAAGAGAGCGGAUUUUUGAACUUAUUUCUUCUUUGAUUCCUUUCUCGAUUGCUUUCUGUAUACUAGUUCAAUCUUAUGACAACUAGAC